AUAUAAAUUGGAAUUAGAUAAAAUAAAAUACUUCAAUAAAUACCUUUACAUAAGGAUGCGAUUCAUGCAUUUUUCCUUUCAGCAACAAUGAACUCUGUUAUAAUUAUAUUAGUUGGUUACUUACUAUCUGUAGGAACAUGUGCUACAACAGGGUGCGAAAUAAACCCAUUUGGUAGUAAAACUCCAUUAGUAGUAAAAUAUGGUACUUCGUCUCUAAUCGAACCCACACCUGGUUACACCACUCUUUCAUUCACCAGAAACGCUGCAGUAGAGUUCGCAUGUCCAGGAACUCAAAUCAUCAAGAACGGUACAUCAUUAGGAGACAUUGUAACAGCUACAUGUAAAACAGGCGAUGUCUUUAACAUCAAUGGCCACACCGUACAUUGGUCCUAUUUGUCUUGUAAUAACGUAAUUAAUCCCACAGUUAGAGAAAUUACUAGAGCAACAGACACAAAUGAUCCAAACAAUAAAUGUGUUGAUAAUGUUAAAAAAUUACAAAUCAUUCAAAUUGGGUUUGCACUAAGUUCUGACCGUUUCAGUGAAGCCAUGACUGUUUGUUUCGAUAGUACUACUAGGCUUGCAAUAUACACCUAUUUUGUUCUGUCAAAAUCUAUAAAUUAUAGGGCUCGAAACGUUGCCAACCCUUCCUUUUCGCAGGAUGAUAUUUUUUAUAGAAUGGGGAGGUCUGUGAAUGCGAUGUACCAAAGUAUCCAGACUACUUAUAAUACCCUCGUUGGAUUAGAGGCUACGUCCACUCAGUAUGUUAAUACAAGUAUUUUUCCAAAUAGAGGACAUUUGGCUGCCAAAGCUGAUUUUGUGUAUGAACCACAUCAAAGAGCGUCGUAUAGAUAUGUCAAUGCAGCUCCCCAAUGGAACACUUUUAAUGGAGGUAACUGGAACCAAGUAGAAACUGACGUAAGAAAUUAUGCCAACAACAAAAACGUUGACUUAAAAGUUUGGACAGGAGUUUAUGGAAUUUCCAGCCUUCCCAACUCUCAAACUUCCGAACUUGUAGAUCUCUAUAUCUACGUUAACCAUCAAGACAAAAAGCAUUCUCCUGCCCUUCCAGCACCAGAAGUAUUUUGGAGACUAGUAUAUGAACCAAUAACUCAACAUUGUAUUGUUCUGGUUGGGCAUAAUAAUCCAUACGAAGAAAUAACAAGUAAUAGUCAAAAAAUUUGCAAGACUGAUGUAGCAGCAAAAGUUACUUGGCUUAAAUGGAACAAGAAUAAUGUCAGAACUGGAUAUUCGUAUGCUUGUAGUUGUACAGAUAGCAAAUUCAAGACUCUUAUAACCGUUUUGCCUCAUCUUACGAUAAAGGGAUUAUUAGAGUAAAUAUUAAAAUAUAUACGUUCUAACGAA